GUCCUCACUCUCAAGGCUUAUUAAGAGAAGUCGUAACUCCAUAACUACCCGCCAUCUCUCUCUCUCUCUCUCUCUCUCUCUCUCUCUCUCCCCACACAAUGAACACGUCUCACGGACGCCGGAGAUCCAAUUCCGACUACAGGAGCACGCCCGACCGUAUGGAACCCCACACAAUGAACACGUCUCACGGACGCCGGGGAUCCAGUUCCGACUACAGGAGCACGCCGGACCGAUUUCCAUACUCUCCGAGCUCCACAUACUCCGCUGCCUCCACCGUAAAGAACCGCAAUCCGGUCGCCGUCGCCGCCCGGUCUGUCGCCGGAGUCUUCGUAGCAUGCUUCACUCCUCCGGAGACGGCGACUUCCAAGAGCAUCGCUGAUUCCGAAGAUUACAAAUCUCCUUCUGUUAAAUCGGAUGUUUCCGGAGCUGGUUUUGAUAGAAGACGUGCGUCCAACCGGGGUGUCUAUCUCAUUUCAAAUAACUCGACAAAUGGAGAACCUGGGAAUCUAAGAUUCACGAUUGAAGAUAUCUAUAAGGCCACAAAAAACUUCUCCCCCAACUUUAAGAUAGGGCAAGGAGGGUUUGGGACCGUGUACAAGGGAAGACUGGCAGAUGGUACCUUUGUUGCUAUUAAGCGUGCUAAAAAAAGUCUAUAUGAUAAGCAUUUGGGUACGGAAUUUCAAAGCGAGAUCCGGACACUGGCACAGGUUGAACAUCUGAAUUUGGUCAAAUUCUACGGGUAUCUGGAGCAAAAAGAUGAAAGAAUUGUUGUGGUGGAGUAUGUUCCCAAUGGAACCCUCAGAGAACAUUUGGAUUGUUUGCGUGGAAACAUUCUUGAUCUUGCCACACGGCUUGAUAUUGCAAUUGAUGUUGCUCAUGCUGUCACAUAUCUCCAUAUGUACACAGAUCAUCCAAUUAUUCAUAGAGAUAUAAAAUCUUCCAACAUUCUCAUUACGGAAAACUUUCGGGCCAAGGUAGCAGACUUUGGUUUUGCUAGACUAGCAGCUGACAGUGAUUCAGGUGCCACACAUGUAUCUACGCAAGUUAAAGGAACUGCAGGUUACUUGGACCCAGAAUACCUAAGGACAUAUCAGCUUACAGAGAAGAGUGAUGUCUACUCAUUCGGCGUGCUAUUGGUUGAGCUUGUCACCAGCAGGCGUCCUAUUGAACCAAAACGAGAACUCAAAGAGCGGAUAACUGCGAGAUGGGCCAUGAAGAUGUUUAGUGAUGGAGAUGCUACUUCAACCAUUGAUCCAAAGCUGGAAAAGACUGAAGUGAAUUACCUAACUAUCGAAAAGCUUUUCGAACUAGCCUUGCAAUGUUUGGCUCCACGCAGGCAGAACCGCCCUAGCAUGAGAAAAUGUGCAGAGAUCCUUUGGAGCAUCCGCAGAGAUUACAGGGAGACAGCGGUUUCAGAUUUCCGUUCGUAUUCCACCCGUUCACUAAGGAGUGCCUCAACAAAAGAAGAGUGAGAGCACAGUGAGACAGCUCUCAGGUGAGAUUGCUAAAACAUCAGAGAACGUAGUUCCACAUAAGACAUGGAGAUGUAGAAUUAUGUAGUGAGGCACAAAGCAAGUUGGGUUGUUGAACAAAAAAAAAACAAAAAAAACAAAAAAAAAACAAAUGUCUGUUACGGGUUCACGGUAGAUGAAGAAAACUUCCCAAGAUAUGGAUCUGAAAGCUUUGCUUAAAAUAUAAGCAAAUGUGUUAUUGAGGAUUGAUCUGUGCAUAGGAAAUUUAGUGAAUAUGUUUUUUUAUCCCUAUUUUUUUUUUAUUUUGUAUCUUAUUUUCCUAAGUUGUGAUUGCUACUGUUUCUUCUGGGAGGAAUUAAUGUAUUAAACUGUUGGAUUUUAUUGUAA